GUUGUAUAUGUCUCUCUAGACCUUGGAGAGUUAAGGAAAUUCUCAUAAGUUUUGAGAUGCAAUACGAUGAGUAUAUCUUUCACUAUCAUACGUGUACGCACGCAUAUACAUGCACGUAUUGCAUACACAUAGAAAGACACGUGACAGAACACAUGCGCGUAAUAUAAAAAAAGUACGGUCGUAAGUAUGGCAGGUAAGAGGUGAGAGUGAGUGGGGAUCACAGUCAGACGGCAGAACCGUUGGCGUACCUCAGUAUAGAGUUGGACGUCCGUCGUCACUCUUAUUCGUCGUCGUUUUCCGCUUGGUAUCUCUUGUUCUUUUGGUACUACAGAUAUAGAAAUUUCAUUGUUUAUCAACAUUGCACAGGAUUUAAAAUCGACGUGUAUCAAGUUUUUCCGCGCAAAGUGAUAUUCUGUUUGUUGCGGAGACAGAAAAUGCAAGAAAAUAAAGGACAAAUGGUGACUGUGAUGACGUAUUUAAAAUUUGUGCUGGUAGAAUUUUUAUUUUACAUCUGCCUCUCUCUUGCGAAGUACUUUUCUUCAAAUAAACAGCAAGUUUUGUGUUAAAUUUUGAAAAUUUAAAAUUAAAGUCGUUAAUUGUACAUUUGUGUAAAAAUUAAGAGGAAUAAUAGCCGUACGAAAAUCGUUUGCAAAUACAAUUCUCUUAGAUAUUCGCUUAAAAGUAUUUAAAACAUAGAUAAUUUUUAAGAUUUUUCUCCGAUAAACGUACAAACUUAGAAACUAUAAUUUUGCGAAUAUGUUUUAUUAUCAUUUCUACCCCACAUUUCACAGGAACACAACUAAUAUUUAUCAAAGUUUAAGGUGUAAUAUUCCGAAGUGUUCGUUCUCGAGGAUUGUCAUGUUAUCCUAAAAACUAGUGAACCGAUUAACUCUAAAUUUUACACUCACAUUAUCUAUUUGUCUCCGUUUAAUUCUUACGAAAAUCAUAAGAUAUCAUUAGAGAGAAUAUUUUUCAUUUUUUAACAAUUUAUGUGGGGAAACAUAUUAGCAAAAUAAUAGCCCAGUACCGAUUUCUAGCAUUGACAAUGAGUAUUGGCGCUGUACUAGACGUCAAUACUGGUGUGAUAUUGGUGAAAUACUGGAAAUGAUAAUGAAGUAAUAAAACAUUAUGUACAACUACAAGAUUUUAAGUUUUUUCAACAAAAUUUUUAUCAGAAAAAGAAAUCCCUAAAAUUGCUUGUUUUACAAGAAAUACCACCUUUUUAUGACACUCUGCACAUAUUUUUACUUGUAAUUAUAACUUGUAUUACACGUACGUAUAUUACCCGUGCGUACGCGUAAUCAUGGAGUGUAACGUAAUUAAAGUAAGAUAGUAUCAUGAACAGUUUACAUUUGGCAGUUUUUAUAAUGAGUUGUGAACUCAUCUAUCUGAGUAUAUUUCUCUAUAUUUUUCUAAAGUUGCCUAAAGAUUUUCUAACGUAUUUUUUAUUGAGUUAUUUUAUUGAGUUAAAAGAGAUCUCGAAAACUUCAAUGGUGUAAUGAUUUUCGAAAAUAUUCUAAAAAUACUGGUAAAAGCUAUAAACCAAAUGUUAAAAUUUGUGGCAAAAGAAGAACAAAUACUGGAGUCAGAAUCAAUCGAGUUACUUUAAUAUCAUUAAUAUUUUUAAUCCAUAUGUAUUGUACAUCACAUUUUAUAUGCCGUCAAAUAUUGAUGAAAAAUUGGAUCAAAUUAUAUAAAAUUUAAUUUUAAAUAUACAAUAUAAUAUCCGUUUUUUUUACGAAAAUGUAAUUAAAAACAUGGUUAUUAUCUAUAUUGUACCCUCAAAAAAUUGAAAUCAGAAUUGUUAGAAUUUGAUUUAGAGGCUAUUUGCACAAAAGAAAAACGGAAUAGUAUCAUCGCAGUAAUUGAAAAUUGAUGAAAUUGUUAUUUUUUUAAUUUGGUUUACAUACGUUUCAUAUCUCUACUAUUGCAAAUGAUAAAUUAUUAUAUAAAGUGUUUUCGAGAAUUCAAUAGACUGGCGUAAGUGAAAAGUUAGAGUUCAAAAUUGUGCGUGUAAAAAUCGAGGAUUUUGAUGUGACUGUGGUAGUUAAAACGAAGCUUCGUCGAAACUGAUAAGUGAGUUCGGAAGUUACAAGUUGGGAUAUGUGAUUAUUGCAAGAUACCUGGUGAUCGAUUAAAUUGUUUUGCACGUGAGAAACGUGAAAGUAUUACGGAUGUUAAGAAACAACGAAAAACAUUACGUAGAUGUGUGGACUACAGACGAAGAGCAGACAGAGGAGAGAGAGAAAGAGGGAGAAAGGGAGAUAUCCGCUAUUAAAAAAUGGCUUUAAUAAUACCUAGGUACAAUUCGCCCAUUGUACGCGACAAGGAUACCGUUCCAGCAUACGAUAUCAAGCUAGAACGAGUGUUGGGAGUAACUGUUUCCAGCAAUGCAGCCCUCGAUUGUGACGAGACCAGUGAAUUGGUCGCUUAUCCGGCUGGUUGCACCGUCGUGCUGUUUAAUCCACGACGAAACAGUCAAGCACACGUAUUAAAUGCCUGCCGGAAGACUGUGACCUCCCUGGCGCUCGCCGGAGACGGUAAACUCUUGGCCACCGGCGAAUGCGGUCAUAUGCCGAACGUCCGUGUCUGGGAUAUUUCUGAUCCGCACAACGUCGUGCAGAUUGCGGAAUUUCCGGGACACAAGUAUGGUAUCAAUUGCGUGGCAUUCUCGCCCAGCAACAAGUACGUUGUAUCGGUUGGCUCGCAACACGACAUGAUUGUGAAUGUUUGGGACUGGCGGAACAAUGUCAAAGUAGCAUCUAAUAAAGUCUCCAGCAAAGUGAAAGCCGUCUGUUUCGCGGAGAAUGGCAAUUAUUUCGUUACCGUGGGCAACAGGCACGUCAAGUUUUGGUACUUGGAGUAUUCGCGUAGCGCCAAGUACAAAGAACCUGUGCCCUUGAUGGGUCGAUCCGCUAUAUUGGGAGAGCAGAGGAACAAUGAUUUCGUUGACGUUGCCUGCGGUAGAGGAGAGAUGGCGGAUUCUACGUAUGCGAUCACCAAAACGGGCCUGUUGUGUGAAUUCAACAACAGGAGGCUCUUGGACAAGUGGGUCGAGCUUAGAACGAGUAGUGCCAAUUGCAUGGCAAUCGGGAAUAAAUAUAUUUUUAUCGGAUGUGCCGAGGGUAUUGUAAGGUGUUUUAGUCCUAGCACACUUCAAUUUGUCACCACAUUGCCAAGGACACAUUACUUGGGUGUGGAUGUUGCACAAGGAUUAUCCAUCAGCCAUAUGUCGCAACACCCGCCUAACGCGAGGUAUCCGGACGCGAUCGCGCUGGCAUUCGACGAGCGAAAUAACAAGCUGACUUGCGUGUACAACGACCAUAGUAUUUACGUUUGGGACGUGAGAGAUAUCAAACGGGUCGGCAAGUCGCACUCGUUCCUGUACCACUCGGCCUGCAUCUGGGGCGUCGAGAUGUAUCCGGCCGAUCCAGAUCUCGUUGGUGCGAUGCCGCCCGGAAGUUUCAUCACCUGCUCUAGCGACGACACGAUAAGGGUCUGGAAUCUGGAGAGGGACAGCACGCUGAAUAAUGCUUUGUACAAACGAAAUAUUUACAGCAACGAAUUGCUCAAGGUAUUGUACGUGGAUCCGGAGUUGACUUACCUAAAGGAUCUGGAUCUAGCUGCCGCGGGAUCCACCGAGAAGAGCGACGCGUCCUACGACGGUCGCAACGGCGUGAGAUCGAUAAGGGUCGCUCCCGACGGCAAGCAUCUUGCUUCCGGAGACAGAUCCGGCAACAUCAGAAUCCACGAUGUUUCCACGCUGGAAGAACUGUGCCUGAUAGAGGCACACGAUGCCGAAGUGUUGUGUCUAGAGUAUUCCAGGUUCUCGCAACAUCCACCGAACGCUCCUAGACUACUAGCGAGCGCGUCUCGGGACAGGUUGAUUCACGUGUUCAGCGUUGAUCAAGGAUACAAUUUUCUACAGACGCUCGACGAUCAUAGUUCUUCCAUUACCGCAGUCAGAUUUUUCAAUCAGUUGAAUCAGGGUAAUCAGAUACAGAUGGUAUCUUGUGGCGCAGAUAAGAGUAUUAUUUUUAGACAAUUGCAAUCGACACCAGGCGGAAUGCCACAAUUUGCCAGGGGUCGCAACGCUCAGGGAAAAACCACUCUGUACGACAUGGAAGUCGAUUCCGGACAGAAACACGUGUUAACCGCCUGUCAAGAUAGGAAUAUCCGAGUUUAUAAUGUUACUACGGGAAAACACAGCAAGACUUUUAAAGGUUCCGUUAGUGAUGACGGCUCGCUGAUUAAGGUCGUCCUAGAUGCGUCCGGUAUUUAUGUAGCUACCUCAUGUACAGACAAAACGUUAUGCGUGUACGAUUAUUAUAGCGGCGAGUGUAUGGCCACUAUGGUUGGUCAUUCGGAAUUGGUGACAGGCUUGCGCUUCAGUCCGGACUGCCGUCAUCUGGUGUCUGCGAGCGGCGACGGCUGCGUGUUUGUGUGGCGUGUUCCGCAUGACAUGGUCGUGACCAUGCAGGCACGUCUAGCCCAGCAAGCGAUGCGCGCCGGCAAGAAACCGCUCCAAGUCAACGGCGGCGGAAUCGACGUGCGAUUGGAUAAUGAAACCUUUGGAUCACCCCCGUCGGAUCUUCUCGAUCCUAACUCGAAUCUGACGUCCCAGAGCGUGGAUUACAGAUUCAGCGUCGGUCAGCUGCCGUUGUGGGCGAAGAAGCAAAUAAAUACCGCGAAUGUAGACGAUAGCGUUGCUCUGGGCUCAAAUGUCAGAUCCCUCGGUGUCGACCUGCCAAAGGGACGAUGGGCGCAAAGGGUUCAGCAAGGCGACGGUAUCACCGUCAAGUCCGUUUACGAUAGCGAUGAAGUUAUACCGUUUCCACCGUCGCGCGGUGCCAUUGAUUCGGAUGGUGGCGGUGGCGGUGGUGGCGGCUCGAAAGACAGCUCCAUCGACAGCGGCACAGAAACGAAAUGUAGCAGCGACUAUCGUCGAGAAACGGUGAUUAGCAAAAGGGAAGAAGAGGAAAGUGUAUUUCAGUCUUGUCCCAAAAGUUAUAGAGAAAUAGAAAAUGAAACAAAACAGGCGAUUGACGACAAGGUGACAGUAAGAAGUAACAAUUUUAUGGAAUUGACACGUCAAUCGAGGAGUCGUCAUCACACCGACGAUAGCAGUCUUGGCAGCUUUAAAUUUGAGGAUCACGAAAGUACCGAGCAUGACGGGGAUGUCGAGGAUUAUUCUGAAGGGGAAAACGGAACGACUGGUUCUGAAAAGUCGCAUCAUAGAUUAAUGUAUUAUCCCCCGCCAGAAGAUAUUGUGUCAAAUCAGUUUACCGUCAAUGCGAUGGAUGUUGAGGAACUUCGAAGGUCGCAAAGGCGUCAAAAGAAAUUGAAGAACGCAGAGAAUGGUCGAACGAGCGAGUUGACCGCAUCUGGCAGUCAGGACGAAUCCGAUUCCGAAGGCGGGGCGUCGACUCCUAGCGCCGAGAGAAAUCCUCUGUCUAUGUUAUCCGAGGCUAGCUCGGAGGGUUUCGAUCAGCUCGCCAAACAGAGUCACAGGGAAAAAUACUUGAAGAAUGCCUUCGAGUCGCUUAGCGGCGCGGAGGAGCCACCGAAUCGCCCGAAAACAACAAGUAUUAGUUCUCAGUUUCACGGAAGACUCAGUGGCGGCGAAAGUAACGCCGCCGCUGGCAAGACACGUAAUGCGGCGGUGGUUAAUGCGACAAAGCACGCGAGGGGCGACGUUGAUGUUGCGAAGAAACGGGAAGAGUUGCAGAGGAGGAUAGAGGAGACCAGGAGAAAAUUACAAAGUGUCGGUUAUAGAUCGUUACUGAAAUCCAGCCAGAGCAUAUCCGACUUGAGCAGUCACAUACAGGAAAAGCAUCAUCGUUCAAACAGACUCAGCACAGGUAACAGAUCCGGCCAACAAAACCAAUUUUCAAAACCGACCAAUCCCUGCAAACCCAUGCUAAAUCCAAAGCCCACGUUUAAAUCCCGACAGUCCACUAACAAGGUUCAGGGUGUGGGAAAUGUGUUACCCAAGCUAGAGAUACCAAGUGAAAACUGCUUGUCGAAAAGUCCAACUAUGUUAUGCAUCAAUGAGAAAGCGAAAAAAUCAACCUUUAACCGUCCGUUAACGUUGACAUUAAAAAAAACUGAAAAGUAUAAGCUGUCUUUGAACAAAGCCAAUCAAUCGUUGCCCGAAUCUCCCGUGUGCGAGGAAUUGAAGUUGUUGAAGGAGCAGUGUAAGAAGAAUAUCAGUCGGUUCGCAAGAUUUGCCCAGAAGAGAAGAUCCUGCAGUUAUUUUAUCGGUCUGAAUGACAACGAGAAGGACGUGGGAAGCGUUGCAAAAUCUUUCGAGAGCUUACCCGCCAUGAACGAACGGAACAUGGAGAGUUUCAACGAGACCAUCGACGAUGCCGACGACGGCAACGGCAAUUUCAGCGACGAUUCAUUAGAAGGGGAUUUCAAGAAUCCACCUCGGCGCUGCGUCAGUGAUUAUCAGAUAAAUGUUCAUAUGAAUGACUACAGAAGUUAUUUGAAUUACCAGAAUGUCCAGAAGAAGACUCCAACUGGCUCCCAAGAGAGUAUACUCUCGGAUGCCUCCGUCGAGUCGUUCUCCAAAGGAAGCGCCGAGAUUCUGGAUUACGAUCACGACAGACACUCGAGCGCGAGCUUCUUCCUGUCUCGGCGCAAAAUGCAGGAGGGCAGAAGUCAGGAGAGCAUAUUAACCGACGAGUCGGACUACCAGAUGUUUCCCCUGCGCGAAAACGCCGAUCAUCGGAGCACAGAGAGCGUGUUGACCGACGACUCGGAUUCCAUGGUGAAAUCGGCGCCUCUGGAAAUGCUAUUUGACUCACAUUACAAGCGGAAGAGGCAAAAUUCCGAGACCUACAGUGGAAACCCUAACAACAUCACCGAGACCGCUGUGGAUAACGUACAAAGUUCCGAUGAAAACACACUGUGCCGAGCGGUGUUCAGAUCCAAGUCUUUGCAGGACACGAGGAUCAGCAAAGCGAGGAACAAUACGAAUUUCACGGAGGACAACGCAUCGCUGACGACUCACGUUUACUGUGAAUUCAACUUCGACAAAAAUGACGCAAACGCAACGGGUUGCAGCAAGUCGGAAUCGACCCCGCGCGGCAGCAGUCCGAGACCGGAAUCGAUGAUGAUCCUGAAUGAUUUCGUUGCUCACAAGCCACCGAAACCCAAGAGAAACUCGUCCCGCACUCAGAGCAUGCGCAACCGAGCUAGACCAGCUUGGAAGUACAUGGACACGCCGCCCUCGUCGCCCGCUUUAAAAAGCGUCGCCGAUUCCGACAAUUACACGGCGUCGUCCAUGAGUUCAGUUUGUUCCGAGUACCGUGUUACGCCGGGCGACCAGGAAACCAAGCGAGAUUCGAUCGAUUCCGAAGUGAUGCAGCAAUUCUUGCAGUCUGCGAAUUGCGCAGCGCAGUUUGACGACAAUAAGGACAGCGGAGGCGAGUUCUAUAGUCUGCAGACUUGCGCCGAUAAAAAUGGUACUUUGCAGGAUGAGCUGACGUACGACAGGGACGAGUCUUCGAACUUAACGAAAGAUCAUCACAUACCGAAGAUUCAUUUCGAUUCAGACAAGGCGCAAGUGAGUUUAUUUGACAACGACAUUCCGACGAAGGAUAUGUACGAGACUUACGACUCGUUGGAGCCCACCGGAGUUUCCGGCGACCCGCAGAAAGAGGAGCCGUCGCUUGGCGGUGCAAAUUUACAGUCCGCCAACGAGCGUAUCGACGAUUUCAACGCGAGCGUGGAUUUCCGGAUAACUCGCGCGAUCGAGGGCACCGUGAAGCUACUCUCGCAGGAGUUCGAGAAUUUGGUGAGGCAAAAGCAGUAUUUGACGAGGGAGAGGUAUCUGCGAUUAACGCACGGUCAAGAGGCGAGCGAGAACUUUGCCAAGUUAGAGGCCGAACCGGACGGUAGACUCUACCCAGUCAAACGCAAUAUCAGGCUGCACUCGUACGGCGAGGACAGCGACUGCGCCGACGUGUCGACGAUGGACAGGUCGCUGAUGGAGAGCGGCUCCUCCACGUCCGCCUCAAGUUGUACCAACUCGCCCAAGAGAAUGUGGCCGCCCGCGUCGCGCUGUCCGAGCCACGCAAGUCACAGGUGGACGAAAACUCUGCCGACGAUCGAUCAAACCAUUUUUGCUACCAAGCAUUCUUAUGCAGUUUCAGGAAAGUUGGGAAGUAAAAAUGUAGGCGCAACAUCAAGAUUGGGCGGUGCCAAUUCUAGCGGUCAGUCCAGAUACGCUUCGGGGAAAAGUCACUCGACUCAUAUAACGAGAAGCAGCAGCGUUGGUGUUUUAAACCAAAGCGACUCGGAAUCGGACGCCGGUAUAACGGGAGGAGGUAGAGGGUGGAGCGGUCAAUCUAGCACCAACAGUAGGACUAGCGGUCUGAUGCGACCAACGAUUAGUUCUCAAAAUAAAGUCAAUCAUCAAAAUAAAUCGAGCUCUUCUGGCAACAAUGUUUCGUCAAUCCUGAGAAGACGAGGGAUGCAAGGAGCUUUCUCGAUUGUUAAUUUAAGUCAAGUGGGAAAUCAAGAAGAUUCGAGUUCGGAAGAUACCUCGUCAAAUGGAAAUGGAGGAAAACCGGCGCUACCGCUGAGACCUAGAAGCAUCAGUAUUGAUCAUUCCUCUGCUAGCUUAAGUUUACCCGGUACAACUGUAAGGAGAUCUGGAUCGGCAAUCAUCACAAAUGGCCGGAUUGGUGCUACGAUCGGGCAAAAUGGAAAUAGGAUAUCCACGGCGAGUAGAAUUCAGUUGGAGCCUAGUCCACAUGAGCUACCAGUUAAAGACACCGAUCGUGCUAUCGAUGUGGCUAGUGUCGAACUAAGCAUGGAUAAAACAUUAGUGUCCACACAACUGUGCAACACAAUCGCGGACGAGCUUACGCGCACCGCAGACAACGUCGUGCAGUUGUACAAACGUUUAACGAUAGACAACGACGACGACCCGUCUAGAGGUGCGAUCGACCGGGACACAAUGCUACGUGGAUUGGAGUCGUCUGUUAACGAGACAAUGCGUACUUUACGGUUGGUCGUUGCCGGCGGUAGCGAGAGCGACGGAAGCGGAGGAGAUGCCGUCGCUAACGAGGCGACGGCCAAGUUUCAGGAAUUGCUCGCCGGUCAGGAUCAGGGCAAGGUGGUCAAUAUGAUGCAGCAGUAUUCCGAGCUGCUCUUGACUAUGAUGCAACAGAGGAUGGGAGGAACUCAAUCAAGUCACACGUAAAUCCGUCCGUCUGAGAAUUGAUAUGGAAAACGUGAUUGCCAUCGUUAUUUAAUGUAUCCACGAGAUAAUAUUUACGAAGCACUUGUUUCGCGGUAGUCUGUUUUCAAGCAUUGUAUUAUUGAUCCUUUCUCUUCGAUAUGGAAGGAGUUGAAUGUGUUUCGCUUCGUAAAAAUGGAAAGGAGUACGUUCCCGCGCGUGAAAACUCUGUAUACAUAUCGUGUAGCCGCACGGACAUUCUCUUUUCCCUUUUGCUAGUUGUGAAUCCGUAUCCGUUUUUUUGUGAUUGAUUCUUAAAUUUGAUAAGAUAAAUUAAUGUCAGUAGAUGGAUAUGUCGUCAAAGUCUCUUGUCAUCGUUUUUUUUAUAUCCUGCGAUGCGAGGUAUAAAUUAUUAUUGUCUAACCGCUAAUGGAUAUUAAAAUUCUCCAACUGCUAUAAAUAUUAAAAUUAGUCUAUGCCAUCCGCGUCUACUAGACAAAUCACCGAGACAAUGAAUGAGGAUGAGAUAAAAGUAUCGUAGUUGUUUAAUGUAAAGCCGAUUGUGACGGUCGCAAACAUUUGUACUUUGUUGAAGCCAUAUAUCGUAAAAUGCCAAUUAACUGAAGACUAAUAGAAUAGUUUCCAAACAAGUAUAUACAUAUAUACAUACUGAUAUAUUGAACGACGAUAUUAAUAUUAGUGCUUUUAUUAUGUAACCAAAGGUUAUCUGUAUCAAUGGUCUAAAGGAAGGGACGCCCCUCCUUCUUCCUUUGCUAUUAAAAACUUGGCAGAAAGUUGUAAUAAAAAGAAAAAACAACAUAAAGCUUGCCAGUAUGAAAUAAAAGUUUAACCACAUAGUCAUUGCAUUAAAUAUCAAAUCGGGCCACUCGAGCCUGUCAAUAGAGAGAUUUGCCAAUAUUUUAAUGAAAUUUGAUAUCUCAAAAUCUCAACCACGGAAUUGUAUUAUUUUAUCUAGGAUUAUUAGUUAUCUAUCGUGACUAUAAAUUAUAUAGUUUUAAUAUCAAAGUAUCUUAAGGCUUCUUUUUUAAUAAUAGACUGCAUUGAAUGAAAGUUACAAUUGAUACUUACUCGAUUAUAAAUAAUACUAUCCUACAUAUUUUAUCACAGAAAUUAAUAUGCUUGCAUAUUUUUUCACGGAGAAGCCGCAGUUCCAUGAAAUUGUCAAAUUUUAAGUGUCCUGCUUAAUUGUAAUUACAAAAGAUAAUAUCUCAGUGAAUUUUUCAGAACUGUAUCGAAUAAUCAAAGUAAAAAAUACGUGUUACUAACUCACUACUGCUACAAUUGUAAUAUUUCUUUUUCCAAUUUUUUUAUGCAUAUUAUGUCUUCUAUUUUAACAUAAUUACCAUUUUUUUAUUAAAUUCCAUUUAACGAGUGCCAUUUAAGUUAAAGUAAUGGUCAUUCAAUGGUACAUAUUAUGUUUGUGUAUUAAUUUAUCGCUUACAUUGUUGAUUUCCGAGUCGAAUACGAUCAUUCGAGUUGCAUUCUCAACACCGUAUCCUCUUUUGUGUACGAUACCAACGCUUCUUUCCUAUUUAUAAAACUGAGAAGUAAAACUUUUCAAUUAGCUCAUUUAAAUUCUAAACGAUAUAAUCUAGCUACACGAUAUAAUCGAGACUAAAAUGAUUAAUAUUAGAAAUUAGAAUUUUGUAAUUAGUAUCAACAUUUUUAACAUUAUUUAUUAGUGCAGGCAAAACAUAGAUAACGUACAUUAUGGAAUCUCAUUACAUAUUGAUGAUAGUUAACUAGCGUCAUGCGAUAAGAAAAUCAUUCCGAAUCAUCAUUCUUAUUAUUGUAAUUAAACACGUAUAUACUUUCGGUUUAUCUAAAAAAUUACAAUAACUUUGUACACAGUUGUAUUUGUUAUAAGCUAAAGUUAUUGUUAUCAGUUAUGUAAUAUGUUAUAUUGCUUCUAUAAUGUAUAAAUAUUUAUUCAAAAUUAGUUAACAUAGUAAAUAAUUUGGUAUUACAAGUGCCAAAUUCGCCGUAAUCGUAUCGCAUAAACAUGUAACUUAGUCAUUUUAUUUUGUAUAUUAUGUUAAUAUUAUAAAGUAAAAUUUUUGAUCAUCGUUGAAUUCUCUUAUUUAUUGCAAGCAAUUUGUUAACCAUAUUAUUUUACAAAUUUUUUUGUAACACAGUACAUUGACCGCUACUUCUUGCCACGUAAAUGAUACAUGAAUAAUGCUGCAAGAAUUAAAUAACUCGAGAUUUUAAUUUUUCUUCGAAAACGCUAAGUCUAAUAAAAAUAUUAUUAUUUCUAUAUAACAAUAAUAUCCUCUGUAUAAUUACAUAUGUAUAUCAAAUCCAUUGAUUGUAUGCCUAUUACUGUAUGUGCAAGCAACACAUACAUACAUAACGUGAUACGAUAUGUGAACAUAUGUAUGUACAUUUUUAUACUUUCCUCUUUUGUGCAUUCCAAUUUUUAACAUUGGUAUAUUAAAAUGUUUGUUAAUCAUGAUAAUGAAAAA